CUGUGUCUCGUCGUGCGCAAGGAGAUCGAAGGGAUCGUGCGCUACGUGCAUACCGGGACCGGCAACUACAACCGGGUGACCGCGCAGGUGUAUACCGACAUCGGGCUGUUCACGGCCAACCCGGCCAUCGUCACCGAGGUGAGCGACGUCUUCAACUACCUGACCGGCUACUCCAACAAGAAGGACUACGAGGAGCUGCUCGUUGCGCCCCUCAACCUGCGCGCGCAGUUCACGCGCUCAUCGAGCGCGAGGCCGACCCACGCCCGGGCCGGACGGCCGGCGCGCAUCAUCGUCAAGAACAACUCCGUGGCCGAUCCGGAAAUGAUCCGCGUCUGUACCGGGCGUCCCGCGCCGGCGUGCGGAUAG